AUGGGGAAGGCGCGGCCGGUGGGGCAGCGUCCAGUCCCGGCAAGAUGCCAGGAGUGGGAGAGGGGCGGCUGUGGGCCCUGGGGGCCCCGAGAGGCUAAAGGCUACAAUAGCUGGACCGGGGAGAGGCAAGCCCCCUCAGAUUCGCCUCAGUUUCCCCAGGCCUUAAAGGUCUUGGGUGGCCUUGGAGGCCGGGUCAAGAGACAGCCAUCCGUGCUGGCCAGGAGGGACGGGGAGACAGACAGACCCAAAAUGCCAGGGUGCUCACAGGACUGUGUCACUCCCAGCAGACUCCCACUGGUACUCAGGCCCUGUGAGAAACAGGGUCCCCAGAGGGGCAGCGGCUGGGAACUGGCUGGGGGCCAAGGCUGGGCAGGAAGGCGGGUGGAAGCUGCCCAGCUGUGCACCAGGGCCUUUGCACAGACCCUGCACCUCACAACUGUUCCCACCACCACCUGCCCAGCCCCUCACCCUCCACUCACCAGACCCUCCAGCUACUCUGUAGACAGGGGUCCCACUGUCCAUCUCCGAAGCCGGUGCAUGACCCAGUCCGGCCAGAUUCAGGUCCUCCAUGGCACUGCCCAGGCCCCAGCCCGUUUCCUGAGUGGUUGUACCCGCCCACAGCAAACCAGCUCUGUGGUUGGCAGUGGUGUGCUGCCUGGAGUGCCGGCCACCAUGGCCCUCGCCGCAGCUGCCCCCAACGUCACAACCAACGGCAGCUCCGCACUGUUGCACCUGCUGGCACAGCUGGACGAGGAGCUGUACGCGGCCUUCCCCGGCCUGUGGCUGGCGCUCAUGGCGCUGCACGGGGGCAUCUUCCUGGCGGGGCUGCUGCUCAACGGGCUGGCCCUGUAUGUGUUCUGCUGCCGCACACGGGCCCGGACACCCUCGGUCAUCUACACCCUCAACCUGGUGGUCACCGACCUGCUGGUGGGCCUGUCGCUGCCCACGCGCUUCCUGGUGUUCUACAGCGCGCGUGGCUGUCUGCGCUGCGCCUUCCCGCACGUCUUCGGCUACUUCCUCAACAUGCACUGCUCCGUUCUCUUCCUCACCUGCAUCUGCGUGGACCGCUACCUGGCCAUCGUGCGCCCUGACGGUGCCCAGCGCUGGCGCCAGCCCUCCUGCGCGCGGGCCGUGUGUGCCUGCGUGUGGCUGGCAGCGGGCACCGUGACUCUGUCCGUGCUGGGCGUGACGGCGGGCGAUGGGCCCUGCUGCCGGGCCGUGGCACUGACGGUGCUGCAGUUCCUGCUGCCCCUGCUGGUGCUCAGCGCCUUCACAGGCCGCAUGGUGUGCGCCCUGUCCAGGCCCGGCCUGCUUCCCCAGGGCCAGCAGCGCCGAGUGCGAGCCGUCCAGCUGCUGCUGACCGUGCUGGGCAUCUUCCUCGUGUGCUUCACCCCCUUCCACGCCCGCCAGGUGACCGUGGCACUGUGGCCCAACGUGCCGCGCCACCCAAGCCUAGUGGCCUACCACGUGGCUCUGACACUCAGCAGCCUCAAUAGCUGCCUGGACCCGGUGGUGUAUUGCUUUGUCACCAGCGGCUUCCAGGCCACGGUCCGCAGCCUCCUGGGCCGGCCAGGGGCUGAAGCUGAGCCCAGCCGUGGUGACACAGUGGGCCUGCACCAGAGCUCCAAGGGCACCAGGCCCAGCCCCUGUACUCUUCCAGCAGCGCUGGCCAAUGGGCCCAAGGCUUAGCCAG